AUGCCAAAGCGACGUAACGAAAUUAGAGAUGAGCAAGCGUCUCCCAAUGCAAAAAGAACUGCAGUGGAGCGCCCCUCUGAGCCGGCCAAACUUGACCAUGCCGCCUAUACAAUUGGAUGGAUCUGCGCAUUGCCAAAGGAGCGAACUGCAGCGAUUGCCAUGCUAGACCAACAGCACACAGAUCUUUUAUAUCCCGUCAAUGAUGAUAACGUAUAUGCCUUGGGAUCCAUCGGUGGGCAUAAUAUUGUCAUUGCUAGUCUACCGAAAGGGAGAUACGGCAACAACUCUGCAGCCAUAAUCGCGACAAAGAUGACUAGCUCCUUUCCUGCCAUUAAAUUCGGAUUAUUAGUCGGUAUCGGAGGCGGGAUUCCAUCCAAAGUUCGGCUUGGAGACGUUGUGGUCAGCGCUCCAACUGACCAGUAUCCAGGAGUUGUUCAAUUGGAUUUUGGCAAAGCAGAGGGUGAUGGCAGAUUCAGACGAACUGGUGCCUUGAACAGCCCGCCGAGUGCGCUUCUCAAAGUCUUAGCAAAACUGGAGUCAGAGCAUGAGAUGCAAGGACCCAAAAUUCCCCGCUUCUUGGAUGAGAUGAGGCGGAAAUGGCCGAGACUAUAUCCAAAAUAUUUCUGGAAGAAUUCCCUCAAAGACCCUCAAGACGGAAGCAUCGAAAAAGAGGUGGAUACGUCUGCUAUAUUUACAGCUCAUGAGCCUCAGAUGCACUGUCCAGGCAUUCAUCACGGCCUAAUCGCAUCCGGUAAUCGGGUCGUCAAAGAUGCUUCAUUCCGCGACCGCCUUGAUGAGCACCUAAAUGGAAGUUUGCUGUGUCUUGAAAUGGAAGCAGCGGGAUUGAUGAACGACUUCCCUUGUCUAGUUGUCCGAGGCAUCUGCGAUUAUGCAGAUUCGGCCAAGAACGACGACUGGCAAGAGUAUGCGGCAGCGGUGGCGGCAGCUUAUGCGAAAGAAAUCAUUUCCGCGCUACAGGUCUACGCCGUGGAGCACAUGGACUCAGUCAAAGAUAUCUUAUCGGAUAUUCGAGCUGAACUUGAAAGCUUCCGAACAGCAUUUGAUGAGAUUUCCACACGACAGUAUGCUCGGGACCACUUAGACUUUUUGAAAAGUUUAACAGCUGUUGACUACACCCUUCAGCAAAAAGAUAACUUUACCAAACGGCAGCCUGGAACGGGCCAGUGGCUUCUAAACUCCGACACAUACCGGUCCUGGGUUGAUACCACCCGGCAGACAUUGUUCUGCACAGGAAUUCCCGGAGCCGGGAAGACUACCCUUACGUCUAUCAUAAUUAACGACCUUUUUGAAAGAUUCAACAGAGAUACCACGGUGGGAAUUGCUUACAUUUACUUCAAUUUCCAACGACACGAUGAGCAGGAACUUUUUGAUCUAUUGACAAGCAUUUUGAAACAAUUAGCCCAAGGACAGAGCUGCCUACCACAGAGUGUAAAGGCGAAGUUUGAUGAGUGUAGAGGCCAAAAUCAACGCUUGUCGCUGGAUGACACCAAAAAGCUUCUCCAAGAAAUAUCAGCUUCAUAUUCGAGAGUAUUCAUCUUGGUGGAUGCUCUGGAUGAAUGUCAGGGGUCAUAUGGAUGCCGCGCGAGCUUCCUAGCGGAUAUUUUCCUUUUACAGGAGAGUGCAAAAGUGAAUAUUUUUGCAACGUCUAGAUUCAUUCCAGAAAUUAUGCAAACAUUCAAGGCAUGCAAGUCCAUGGAGAUACGUGCCACACAGGAGGAUGUACAAAGAUACGUGCGUGGUCAACUGGAGGGAAGUGGCAUAGAGCACCUCCCCUCUGUGAUCAAGAACAGGCCAGAGCUAGAAGAGGCAAUUAUUAGCGGAAUAUCGAAUGCUGUCGAUGGAAUGUUUCUGUUGGCAAAGAUCUUUCUCGACUCAUUAGUCGACAAAAUUACAAUUGCAGAUGUUAGAGAAGCAAUAGCACAGCUACCAACGCAUAUGGCAGGAGCUCUAGAAGAUCAGAGAUUGAUAAUACUGGAUCAAGCAUACGAUUCCGCCUGGAUAAGAAUAAACCAACAGAAAGAGGGAUUCCGGAACAUUGCCACGCGGGUUCUAGCGUGGAUCACAUGCGCGAAGCGACCAUUAUCUACAAGGGAACUUCAGCAUGCACUCGCAGUCAAGAUCGGCAAGGAUGAGCUUGACAAAGACGCCAUCCCUCAAGUUCGUGAUAUGGUGUCAUUUUGCGCCGGGCUGGUCACUAUCGAUGAAGAGAGCAAUAUCAUCAGACUGGUACACUACACAACGCAAGAAUAUUUUGAGAGGAAGAAGACUGAUUGGUUCCCUGAUGCAGAGGCUAUGAUUGCGGAAACCUGCAUUUCCUAUCUUUCUUUCAAGGCUUUUGGCGAAUAUCAUUUAACUGAUUCUAGCCACAGGUACCUGCGUUGUCGCGCUUUUUAUGAGUAUGCCAGCCAGUAUUGGGGAGACCACGCACGUAUUGUGGGAAAGAAGUUGGAUAAAAUUAUCCUAGAAUUCCUCAUGAGCGGUGCCAAAGCAUCUAACGCCUUCUAUGUUGCGACGAGGCGCUUUCACCUGAGCUUCCAGUGUUGGUCUUGUCUAGGAGUUGAUUACAGGCCCUGGGAGUACACGCCGAUGUCGGGUAUGCAUCUUGCCGUACUCUUGUCAUUUGAUGAAGCAAUCAAGUUAUUACUCGAGAACGGAUGCCCCAUCAUCGAGAACGAAGAAAUCGAUGUGUCGCCACUGUUCUUAGCCAUAGACCAAGAGUAUCUGCAUAUUGCACAGAUACUACUUGACCAUGGUGAUUAUAUAAGUUUCAAAAGAAAUAACGGUGACAGUGCUUUGGAAGUUGUUAUGGAACCAAAGCAUUACAACCUAAAGUUUAUCAAGGAGCUUAUUGCAGCAGAAAUUGCCUCUGGACAAGAUAUCUCGUGGUUUCUCCACUCAGCUAUUGAAUACGGCCACAAGGGUAUGGUUAAGAUGCUGCUUCGAUUAGGCGCCGACAUCGAGACUACCACAGGAUGUUUCUGGGAUUAUAGACCAUUGCACUAUGCAAUCGAUUGGGAAAAAGUGGCAAUUGUUAAGUUGUUACUUGACAAGGGUGCCAAUGUUGAGGGUGCAUCGAACUCCCGCAAUGAAACACCAUUGCACUCGGCAGCCAUCAUAGGUAAUUCAGCAAUUAUGGCUUUAUUGCUGAAAAAGGGCGCCAACAUUGAGGCUCAAAAUAUUAAAGGCAAGACACCAUUAUUUUACACAGUCAGUUCUCGCCCUGACCCUAGCUUGUAUGACCACAAAGUAGUUUGUAGCAUGCUUCUCGAAAGGGGAGCCAAUAUCGAAGCGGUUGAUAGCAAAGGACGCACGCCACUAAUGUAUGCACUGCAAAGCUAUGUAAAAUAUGCAUCCGGAGGCAGCCGGAGAGCAUAUACUCGGGAUCUAAUACAACUAUUACUUGAUAAGGGGGCCAACAUCAAUACCGCAGAUAAUGAGGGGCGAACGCCGCUUUCAUAUGAGUUGAUAGAGCGAUGGAAUAAAAGUAAGGGGAUCUUCGACCCAGAAAGUGCUAUGGAUUACGUCAAAAAAGAAUUGGGGGGAGGGGAGAGGGAGGUAGUUGAGGAUAUAUAA